AUGGUCCGCCCACGCGUCUUCUUCGAUGUCACCAUCGACAACCAGCCCGUAGGCAGAAUCAUCUUUGAGCUCUUCAACGACACCGCUCCCAAGACUUGCGAAAACUUCCGCGCGCUAUGCACGGGGGAGAAGGGCAUCUCGCCGCUCUCAGAGCGGCCGCUCUACUACAAAAACAGCAUCAUCCACCGCUCCAUCAACGGCUUCAUGAUCCAAGGCGGAGGUGAGCAUUCCUCUUCUUCAUUCAAAUCGAACAAGCGGCACUUUACCAAGCGCAAUGGCACAGGCGGGGAGUCCAUCUACGGCGCGCCGUUCGCCGACGAAGACCUCACCCGGCCUCUCGACUCGCAAGGGCUGCUCUGCAUGGCCAACAAGGGUCCGAACACGAACAACUCCCAGUUCUUCGUCACCCUACGCGAUUGCCCGCACCUGAACGGCAAGCACGUCGUGUUUGGACGCGUCAUCCGCGGGUACGACGUCGUCGAGCGCAUCGCAGACGUCCCGACGGACGAAAAGGACCGCCCCCGCGCGCCCGUCGUGAUCGCCAACUCUGGCGAGCUCAUGCUCCGCGCCCAAGCGCAGCAGCAGGCCAAACAGCCCUCUCGUACGUCUCCGUGUGUCCGCCCCUUCAAGCAAACUCGUGCCGGCUAA